UGCCAAAUGUGCCAAAGUGCCAAACGCCAACCGGAGAUUGAAAUUGACUUGUUUUUGUGUAUUGAUUAAAUUAUUUCAAGAAUUUAAAAUCUCUUGAUAUCUCUGACUAUUGAAAAGUAAUUCAAAGUUUGUUAUUUCUGUGAGCAAGAUUAAAUAUUUCAUUCAGCAGAUCUUGUGAAAAGAACCAAAGAAACUAGUAAUAGAGUGCUUGAGCAGCCAUGGCUUUUGCAGGACUUAAGAAACAGAUAAACAAAGCCAAUCAGUAUGUCACAGAGAAAAUGGGAGGCGCCGAAGGCACAAAACUGGACUUGGACUUCGUGGAAAUGGAAAGAAAAACAGAUGUAACAUGCGAGCUGGUAGAAGAGCUACAGACGAAAACAAAAGAAUUCCUCCAGCCGAACCCCACGGCGCGAGCGAAGAUGGCAGCUGUGAAAGGCAUCAGCAAACUGAGUGGACAAGCCAAGAGCAACACGUAUCCUCAACCAGAGGGCGUGCUCGGUGACUGCAUGCUGCUGUACGGGAAGAAACUGGGAGAAGAUACUGUUUUCUCACAAUGCCUGAUAGAGAUGGGUGAGGCGCUUAAGCAAAUGGCGGAUGUUAAAUAUUCCCUCGACGAUAAUAUCAAGCAGAGCUUCCUGGAGCCCCUGCAUCAUUUACAGACCAAAGAUCUCAAAGAAGUUAUGCAUCACCGGAAGAAACUUCAAGGACGUCGGCUUGACUUCGACUGCAAACGCCGCAGGCAGGCUAAAGGAUCAGGUAGGGUCAGCCCUUAUAUGAGUCCCGGUGGCGGAAUGCCAAGGCAGGACGAGGAGAUUCGACAGGCCGAGGAGAAGUUCGCAGAGUCGCUGCAACUUGCUCAGAUUGGCAUGUUCAAUUUACUAGAUAAUGAUGUGGAGCAAGUGGCGCAGCUUAGUUUUUUUGCGGAGGGCCUUCUGGAGUACCACCAACAGUGCACUGAGAUACUUAAAGGCCUCGUGUCCACUCUCAUGGAAAAGAAAGAGGAAGCGGUUAACCGUCCGAAGAUGGAAUUCGUGCCGAAGACGCUAGCCGACCUUCACAUCGAGGGCGUGCACGAUCUUAAUAAUGGUAGGCGGUACGGUUCCACGCAGAGUCUGUCCCGGCCCCGCAACCAUAUCCCACCCUCCUCCUCCGUUGGUGACCUCAGCGUCGACCCCCUUCGGGCCUGGGACCAGCCCCGUCCCGAGCCCAGGCCCGACCUCAGAUCCGAGUUUAGGCCCGAGCACAGAUCCAUGUCCAGACCCGCCCUAGGAUUCAGACCUCAUCCGGCGCCCCGGCACUACAACGGCAAAGAUCCGUGGACAGCAUCGCCGCUACCGUCGCCGGUUAAGUCUCCUGCGCGGACACCCAUGGCACCAGCGAAGGGCCCUUGCUGCACGGCACUCUAUGAUUUCGAACCAGAAAACCCUGGAGAGCUGGGAUUCAAGGAGAACGACGUGAUCACGUUGAUAAGCAAAGUGGACGAGAACUGGUUCGAGGGCUCUGUCAACGGCAAGACGGGCUACUUCCCCAUCAGCUACGUACAAGUCACUGUGCCGUUGCCAAACAUGUAAACACAUAAAGGCACACUAAACAUAUUCAUUCCACUAUUGUCAAUGACUACCGCUUGAGAUUUCACUGCGCAAUUUGUGUUUUGCCUAUCUCAAAAUCACGAUGUAGUUCAUAUACGGAGUUCUAUUUUAAAAUCACGUAUUAAAUUCAUUAUAAUAAAAUUUUAACAUUUAAAAAGUUUUUUGGAAAUAGUUACCUCUUUAGCCUGAAAUAUAGGUAGUAUUGUUGUUUGUAUCGAUGUUUAAAUAGUAUCCAUAUAUUUAUGAAUCAGUAUUAAAAUGACAAAUAACUUCUAUCCGUCGCUCAAAGCUCAAUAUCUAUGAUUAGUAUAGUCAUUUAACUGAAAUAUCCCGAAUAGUAAAAAAUCUGUAGACACUUUGUCUUCCCUUCAGUGGUUUUCCAUUCAUAGUAAAAACAGUUCAUCUUGGACUAUAUUUAUACUAUUUUUAAACACCUUCUAAAUAAUUCUAAUUUUUAACGAUAAUAAUUAUCGUUGGUCAAUUUUUAAGAUUUACCGCAGAACUAAUAAUAAAAUCCAUAACUAUAUUUUUGUCUCGCAGAAGUCCUAAAAACCUAAAAUAUAAAGUUAAAACUCCAUUGGUACAUUUUUAAUAAACUAAUUAAUCAACUUAUGCCUAGUUUAGUGUAAUUACCGUUUUUUUUUCGGGCCUCACAGGGCCCUUUCUCAGUGUGAACUUGAGAUAAGACUAGUGCCCUCCUCCAACGGGCCCGUAACUAGUUGGUACACUGGACUGCGCUUAAAUUUAACAGUUUUUAAUUUUUUACUUUCCUAAUGUAUUCAACUGUCUAUGAUUAACGGAAUACGUGAUUUAUUUAUUAAUUUAUAAUUAAAAAAAUCGUUUAAAUUGGGGUAAAUUGAAAUUGUAAGGAUAAACUUCUACGGCGAAACAAUGGAAUGCGCAAAAUGUCUGAAAAUUACUUCAUGUGGUAUUUAUUGAUGUCAGCAUUAUUUUUAAUGUAUGACUUUAUGAUCAAUACAUUUAAUUUGUAUUGUUUUAUUUUACAAUAUUCAUUGUAACAUUUGGUUUUUUGUCCUGCCACCAAAUAAUAUUAAUUAGACGUGUAUUAAUUUUAUCUAUUAAAAUAGAAAUCUUGUUCCCGUGUUUGUUUUAGUAUUACGAUGUAACUAGUUUGUAUGAGAUUAGAAUUUAUAGUUAUAUAUCUUUGCGGGUAUUUAUAUGAAAUGUAUACAACGUAACGAUAUAUUUAUCAAGAGAGGGAGGUUGUUGUUAAAUCUUGCCAGAUCUCAUGGCGUAUUACUGUUUGAUGUGUAUUAUUGGAAAAAAAAUAUGUAAUUUAAAAAUCAUUGUGAUAAAUCAAAUAUAAUGAUUUAGAUGCGUUUUUUGUAUCACAUCAUCAUCAUUGUAUGUUAUGCAUGCAGCUAUUGGGGUUGCUAACAUUAAUUUAAACAACAUUUCAUACUUCUAAGUCAAAUUUAACAUAAAUAUCAACUUUAACAUGUAAUUCAUUAACGUUCAAUACUUUGCCAAUUAACAUCAUUAUGGACCCCAUUUUACCAUUUCUGGCAUACAAAAGACAAUACCUAGAUCUAAUGUUAGGCGUAUUAUGUAAGUUCAUAUAGUAAUCGUUCUAUCUUCAAGUGUCUAUUUAAUGUAAGUAUUUGAUCAAAUAAAAACAUUUUUCGAUGUUAUAAGAAUGUUUCAGUGUUAUACGUGUUUGGAAUAUGCAUACGGCGGCGAGCGGCCAUUGCUUUCUUUACAAAUAAAAUAAUAUUUAACCAGACGCUCAGUUCUUCAAACGCUAUCCUUCCAUUAAUUGGGCUUACUUGUUGUUGUAAUAAAUAUUUUAAUGACUCUUAAACAUUCUCUAGCUGUUUGGCGGUUGAAAGUAAUAUUUACUCGGUGUCGUUUUGUAAUGAGAACGUAACGUAGCAUUGAUUCGAAGCUAAUUUGGUGUUGGGAUUAUCUCAAAUCUAAAUCUUUCAGUUACGAGAUAUUUUUAAGUGUGUGGUGCUGCCACCAUCAACUAACUUAGUAUUGAAAGACGGAGACGGUUGUAGUUCCAAUAAAAUAAGUAUUUAGACAACUUUCAUGGCGUCACGAAUAUAUUAUUCUGGUACAAAGUUAAAGGUUUAUUAUUUAAGAAAUAUAUUUAACCGACACCAAGUUUUAGCCUCGAUGACUAUUGCUGCGAGUCGAGUAUUUAAUGUAAAAUAAACAUUUGUUAUAUGUAUUCUUGUUCUUGUUACUAUAAUCUUAACUUACUAUAAUUAAAUAGAUGGACUUGACGAUUUAUGAGGUGUAUGUAAUACAAUUUAUUGAUUUGUAUUAAAAAAAUUAUCCCGAACUUUGCUCGUUUCGCCUCCCAAUAAAAAUGUUAACAAUU